UGAACUCCAGGCUGAAAUUAUUUUGGACACUUGUGUAAAAAAUCUGAAGCGUGUCGUAUUCACUUGAGUCAGCGUUCUCUAAGGCUAACUGUAGGCUGCCUAAGAUGCCAAUGAAAGUCAAGGCUGCAGUGCAGCAUUAUUUAUCUUCGUGAAACGUAUAAAUUGUAAUUAAAAGCGAGCAAACUUUUUUGGCAAGCAGACAGCAAGCAAAAACAAAGCCGACAACAGCACGUAAGACAGCGUGGCAAGCUGUAAUCAGCCAUAGUGUUUUUUUCUUUUUGGCAACAACAAGCGAAACGCAUUAAAAAAAACAUAUACUUGCAUAUAGUAUAUAUAUAUAGGAAAAACAGCAACCAUGCCAGCGGGACGUGUGGCCGGUAAAGCCGGCUACUCCAAUCAUUAUUACAAUGGACGUUCGUACGUGGGCAUCAACGAGGAGAUAAUGUGGGUUAGCAUUGGCAUGGGUGUAACUAUUGCACUGCUCAUCACCAUUGCCCUCUGCUAUAUUGCACGGGAGAAAUGUCAGAAGCGGCAGCGAGAAUAUUACGUGACUGCAUAGUCACUGCUUCCGAUGCACUGCGUUUUUGGUAACGGAGCCAGGCCCUGUCAAUCACAGCAGCCAUGGCAGCCAAGCCCCCGAGCACUAGGAGGCCUAACUCAACACAUCCCACCAUUUCCAGCACACCCACAUACCUACAUAUAACUAGAUCAUGUCACACACGGACCUGCCCAAGGCAUCGCCUGUGUGUGAAUGGAGUAUAUUUUUUUUUCUGUAACUUGUUAAGCUCAGCGGUUGAUUUAAGUAUCUGUAUUUACUUAAAUCGAAAAUGUU